AUUUAAGAUGAAUUUGGAAAGUGAACCUCCAAUGACUCUUUACAAAGACUCAGGUGAGGAGCCACAUCACAAGCUUGACAACUAUGAAAUUCUUGAGAAGAUUGGAGAAGGUACCUAUGGGGUUGUCUACAAAGCUCGACAUCUUGAGACAGGCAAAAGUGUAGCAAUUAAAUAAGUUCAAAGAUAGCUAUAAUGAUGAGUAUGUCCGGAAGACAGCUCUGAGGGAGAUCAGAAUCCUCAAGGAACUUAAGCAUGAUCAUAUAGUCAACUUGAUCGAGGUUUUCAGAGACAAAGGGAAAAUUCUCCUGGUCUUUGAAUAUGUAGAUCGGACUGUAUUGGAGGAGAUUGAGAGUCAUCCUUCUGGGGUCAGUGAAUUAUGGGCAAAGAAAAUUAUUUGGCAAUUGCUCAGGUCUGUUGCUUUUAUACAUGACCAUAAUAUCAUUCACAGAGAUAUCAAACCUGAGAACCUCCUGCUUUCGAAAAACGGUAUUUUGAAAAUGUGAGAUUUCGGUUUUGCAAGAACUUUAGCAGGGAGAAAACAAGAUUAUACAGAAGCACCUGAGCUACUCAUAGGAGACCAGAAUUACGGCAAAGCUAUUGAUGUGUGGGCCAUAGGGUGCUUAUAUGCUGAGAUACUCACAGGAGAUCCUCUCUUCCCCGGAGAUAGUGACAUUCAGACACUUUUUCUAAUAGUUCAAAUCUUCGGAGAUCAAUUCAAUGAUAAGCACAAGGCAAUGCUAUUGAAAAAUCCCUCUUUCAAGCACAUCAAGAUCGAUGAAAUUGAGGAGGAUUUAGACGAAAGGUUCAGAGAUAUCAAUCCUGACGCUUUAGAUCUUUUGAAAAAGUGACUUGUUAUGGACCCAUCAGAGAGGCAAGACUGCAAAUCCCUCCUUACACAUAAAUACUUCGAUGAUUUUACUGAGAUAAUGGAGGAAGAAGUUGAGAGAUUGCUUGAGUUAGACAAUAAUGAAUUCAAAAUGGAAAGAAUUCGUAGAUUUUCAAAUGAAAGAGAUGGAAGUAGCUACUUUAGUCCUUCACCAACAUUCCAGAGAACCAAACAAUGUGAUCCUGAAGGGAAAGACUAUCAAAAUGAAGCUAAGCCUCAUGCUUUAUCUCGAAAGGAUGGAACACCUAGUUUUAAUAAAAUGAAUGAGAAGAAUAAAAAUCUUGCUGCCCAACAACCUAGAGGAAUGGGAGGCAUUUCUCCAAGAUAUCCUCCCAGUCAGAAUGACGAGUUUAACAUGAGCUUUACAAAUGAAAAUUAUAACCCAAUGAAGCAGGUGAAGGCCACUUUGGCUAAAAAUGAAUCAAGCAAGGUCAAUUCUCCUCAUGAAGGGAUCAUUAUAAAUACGAAAGAGCAGCCUAAUAUCUCAAAAGAUAAUCAGAUGAUAACUCGAAGGCUACAAAUUAAUGAAAAUUACAACAACGAUACGAAAUAACAGGAAGGUUGCAACCAAGGCUACUUAUUUUAAAGAGAACAAAGAUAAGACCCGGAAGGUAGUCAGGCAAACCUUUGGAAGCCCUGUCCCGACUAAGAAGAGUCAUAGGGGAUAUAAGAAUCCCUCAGAAGUCAAACCUUCGAUUCCAAUUAUUGCCCAAGAAAAAUCUCAAAAGAGCUCUUUCCCUGAUUUAGUAGCAAAUCAGAUCUCAGAUGCUCAGGGAGAUGAAAAUUUAAGACUGGAGGACCAGAUUAGGAAAAAGAAGAAAUCAUCAAGAAUGCUAGCACCUGAUGUGAAGAUCCUAGACUUGCAGCACAAUAUGAUGCAAUUUAAUGAGUCUCCUCAGAUCCUUCUGAAUCAAAAUGGUGAGAUUAUUGACUUUUCCGCACUACGUGAGGAGCUGAGAGCACAAAAAUGAAAAUCAAAUAGCCAAAAAGGGAAGUUAAUCAAGCCCACGAAUCCAAUGGACUUGGCCAGUGUGAGUCUGAAAUUUCCAGCAUUUCACUCAUAA